AUGGCUGCUAUGUCACUACAUUCAUCAUUGCCUUCGGGUCAGCACGUCCCACCAACAGAACGGAAUGGCUAUAUCCCGCGAGGGUAUCCCAAACUGUCAGUGGCAAUGGCGACCUUUGGAGAUAUGGCGAUUUUCCGCACAUUCAGGGAACUGAACAUGCUUAACUUGCUCAGUCUUCAGGCUGAGCUGACGGAGCUGCAUAUUCAGUUUCAGGAUAUUUGCCACGAGGAUGAUACUUCAAGCGAUCCCUCUGAUCAAGUGUAUUCGAGCUACUUUCACUCCCUAAGAGGUUCACGAAAUACACCUAAUAAUGAGCAGCUGGAGAUGUUGCUUAGAAUUCGCCAAAAACUGCGGGAAGAUAUUGCGGGACUGUCAACCCUACGAGAACCGAAUAAGAAUGACCUACGGACCUUACACAAUUGGCUUGCCAGCUCGGAGGGCGGUAAUUAUUUUUUGAAAGGCAGCGAGGUGUUCAUGUGGGAUGACGAGAAAGACUUAGCCAAGGUGUUUAAUCCUCCAGGUGAACGUCUUGACGAUCCAUUCUCCAAGUGGCUUACGUCUAAUGUUUUGCAAUGGUAUCACGCACUUUGGGGACACCGCAGGAAAACUGUGAAUCUAGAAAGUGGGAUGUCUCAAUACCAUGAUUUAUCACUAAUUAGAAUAAGCACCGUGGUGGCUACUACUGCAUCUUCUAUUUUACCAUUGUUAGCGGUGCUAGUUCUAUGGUAUGUCAAGGACACAGUUCAUCGCAUUCUAGUGAUGAUUGGAUUUACAACGUUGUUUGCGGCGUCACUUGCAAUUUUCACCUCAGCAAGAAGAAUAGAGAUUUUUGCAGCCACUGCCUCCGGUUGA